AUGAAAAGAAAUUUCAUUCAUAAUGUCGGUGUUCGAAUUAACUAAAAUUUGAAGAGACCUAAGUACAUCUAACCUAAUGAUAAAGAUAUAAAGCUCAGAGAAGUGAAUGUUGAUUCAUUAGCUAAUUAGCCUUCUUAGUAUAACUAAAUUGACUUGAAGUAGAAGUAAUAGUCAACAGAUGCGAUUUCUAAAAAUGAAUUUCCCUAAAGCAAAUCGAGUAAAUUUGAAGAGAAUAAGCAGUUAAACAAUCAAAAAGGCAAAGCAGAGGCAAAUAACUCCAAUUUAUAAGACAUAAAUUAAGAUUCUAAUUAGCAGUUAGUAGUGAAAAUUAAAACUAUUCCUAAAAUAUAAUGCCUUUACAAAGAUUACUUUAAUAGAAAGCGAAAAGAAUUACAGUCUUACUUAUCUGACGAUAAAGAUCCAGUGAUUUCCAUUGAAGAAAUGUUUCACAGUAGUGAAUUAAAUAAAGUGUUUGGAGACUACUUUUUAAAGUAACAAACAUAGCAACCAAAAAAUACUAAAAGAAAGACCAGGCUAUAAAAAGACACUGAAAUAAAAAGUGAAGGAACUGGUAAUUUUAAAGACAGAAAAUUUUAUAAUUUAAAAGGAAGUAAAUCAAAUACUCAUCCUCAGUCUAUCAAUUAAAGCUAUUAAAAUAUGAAUUAAAAAAUGUUGAAUAUUGAUAAAAAUAACUUAUCUUAAUUUUAGGAAAGUUAUGAACCAAAGUAAAUUUCACCAAGCAAGCAAAACAAUAUUAUUGAUCAAAAUAAAGAUUAAUUAUAAUUUGGCAGAAAAUAAGCUGCAAAAGAAGAGUUUGAUAAUUAUAAUUUCAAAAAGUUAGGUGAAAUAAUUCACCAAAAGUAAAACCAUCAAAGGAAAUAGGAUGAGACAAAUUAUUUAAAUAAAAGUAAUUAAAAUAUUUUUGAAUAGCACAGAAUGCAAAAAUGCAAUUAAAAUACCACAUAUAACUAAUAUUUUGCAGGAGCCAAUAACUACAGCCUUUAAGAUAAUAAAUUCAAGAAUUAAAUUGUAAGAGAUGAUUUAAUUAUAAAGUAGGAAAAUGAAUAUAGUGAAGGCAGCUUGGAUUUAAUAGAAGAAGAAUAUGAUUUAUAGCCUUAAAAAUAAAGAAAUAAUAAUAAAAUUUAGACAAAGGAAAUCCAAAAAUUGAAAGACCGUAAUAAUUUAAACAAGGAAAAAUUCGAGUUAAUUAAUAAGAAAGAGCAUUAUUAACUGCAAUAAAUUGAAAAUUAAGAGUAUUAAAUUUGCUAAGACACUAAAUUAAUUGAAUAAAGCAUUUAAGAUCAAAUUUUCAAUAAAGACUACAUGAGAGAUUUUUAUAAUCCUUAAUUCGAUGAUAAUUAUUUACAAAAAUAAAAUAAAUAGAAUUUAUAGCAAGACAAUUUAUUGAAAUAAAAUCAAUCAAAUUGCUAAUAUUUAGAAAAUGAACUUAUUAAUUAAUAAUAACCUCAACAAUAAGUAUUUACACAUUAAUAAAUCUAAGAGUAAUUUUAUCAACUUUAGUAGUCUAUUAUACCUGAAUAAUAAAGAUAUAACUAACAAUAAUUAUAUAAUAAUUUACAGCUAUAAUAAUAAGUGUUUAAUAUGCAAUAAUAGUAGUAACCAGCAAUAUCUAUGCAAUUUCCCCUUUAAAUUUCUCAACAUAAUUUAAACUAGCUAAAAUUUAAUCAGGAUGAAUACUAAUAGUAAGGGUUUAACAUUCCUUAACAGUAAAUGAUUUAAGAGAAUAAUUAAUAAUGUAACCCAUAUUUGAUUGAUUCUAAGGAAUCUAAUGAAUUAUAUUAUUCUAACAUCUAAAGAUAAGAUAUUUCUCCUAUUUCUCAGCAAUAGCAACUUUUUUAACAAUAUCCUUAAAGUUCUUAGUAAAAAAAAGUGAAUAUUUUUCACUUGAUUUCCAAUAAAAAAAGAAAAAGCGAUCAUUUAUAAAGAGCUGAAGAUAAGUGUGUUUUUAGAUAAAGCAAUCCUCGAAAGUAUAUAUGA